AUGGGCGUGCCCGGCGGGCGGGCGGAGUGCCUAACGCCCUCAGGACGGCGCCAAUGGCAGCCGCUGGACUCACCUCUCUGGCAGGCCACGCCCCGGAGUAUGCACUACGCUGGCGACUCCAUGAACCAUCAGGCGUCCUGGCAUCCUGACAUUCUCAGCCUUGCGGAGUUGCCGCACAGCUCCCGCUUCCCACUCCUGGGAUCCGAUGCCUGGCUCUCUCGGCCCACUACCGCCCGCACGACCUCCUCACGCCCGCGCACCGCGGGGUCUGCGGCAGCGGCGCUCGAGGCAGCUAAAGCAGCCGGGGAGGCCGCCAAGGCAGCGGCGGAUGCCGCCAUGGUGGCAGCACGCCUCAUCUGUCAGGGUGAGGAGCCAAUCUGUCCCGUGGCGGAAGUUGAGAUUCUUGAGCUUCCCAGCGGCAACUCCAGGCCCAGCAGCCCUCGAGAGGAGGACGUGAGCAAGGGCGAGGGACUCGCUUUCUGCAACAGCAUGGAGGUUUGGAAGAUGGCGACCGAGGAGGAGCAGAAGGAGGGCGAAGGCAUGCGCCUCGCGUGGGCCAAGCUGCAGCAGAGCUUCAUCCGAAGCCUUGCGAGGCCAAGUGAGGAUAUGAGUGCCUUGGAUGACCUCAUGGCAUCUUCCGUCACGCGGCCGCCCGUUGGGGUGUUCCCGAACGUGACCGGGAGGUGGAAUCUGCCUCCCGACAACCUCUCUGUCCCACGCACGCAGAUUCCAGAGUUUCCCAGCACUUCUUGCAGAGAGGAUCCGGCCGCUCCCGACAGCGAGCCGUCUGGUCUUUGUCACAACUCGGUGGAAGAUUUCAUGGCCGGCCUCAGCAAGGCGCGUGAUGCCUUCGAAGUCAUCGUGAGCCUGUCUCCAGGCCCCCAGAAGCAUGGGGAGCAGCCGAAGUCUGCCCCUUUGCCAAUCACCGAAGUGGAAGGCGACUCUGAGAUCGGGUCGCUGUACAUUCCUCUUGAGGCCAUGGCAGGCAAUGCGGCCAUGAAGAAGACGCCGCUCUAUAAGGACAAGUUUGUGGAGAUCUACUCUGACCACAUGCAGAUCAAGUCCUACUACUUCCCAUUGGGAAGGGAGAAGAGGGUCGACAUACCUUCUCAGCCUUCUCACUCUGGCGCAGUUAGCUUUGCCACCGAUCGAGAUCUGGACUUCACCUGGCUGGACUGGAAAGCAUGGGGCAUGGCUCCGAACAAUGUUUGGUGGGCCUCAGACCGACGUCGCGGCUCUGUGGGCAGGCAUCGGAACUUGGGCAUCGUGGUCACCGUGGGCAAGGAGAGAAUCCGCAAGGGCUUCAGCGUGGAAGAUGACCAAGCGGCAUUGAAAGUUCUCGACGGCUUGUUGCCAAGAACAGCACAGAACAACCCGGCCUGA